CACAAAAUAAAAUAAUUAAAGGCUUUCUAAACUAAUUAAUAUUCAACACGCUCGGUUUUGAUGUCUGUUUUGACGAUCAAAAAUCGAAUCUUUCUUUAUCUUUCUUCCGUCUCAAAAGCUACAAAAACCCGUUUGCAGAAAAAUUAAAAAAGAAGAGUUCAUUCUGUAAUUGAUCUCCAUGCAAUUCCAUUGAAAAAUAAAUUCCAGGAAAAGGAUAAAAGUAUGUAUAGCAAUUUCAAAGAACAAGCGAUAGAGUACGUGAAGCAAGCGGUACAAGAAGAUAAUGCAGGGAAUUACAGCAAAGCGUUCCCUUUGUACAUGAACGCGCUCGAGUAUUUCAAGACCCAUUUGAAAUACGAGAAGAACCCCAAAAUCAGGGAAGCAAUUACCCAGAAAUUCACCGAGUAUUUACGACGUGCCGAGGAGAUCCGUGCAGUUCUCGAUGAAGGUGGGCCAGGGCCGGCUUCUAACGGGGAUGCUGCUGUUGCCACGCGCCCCAAAAAUAAGCCCAAGAAUGGUGGCGGCGGAGGAGAAGGCGGUGACGGGGAGGAUCCGGAACAGGCCAAGUUGAGAGCUGGGCUUAAUUCUGCUAUUAUUAGGGAAAAACCUAAUGUUAAGUGGAAUGAUGUGGCCGGGUUAGAAAGCGCUAAGCAGGCUUUACAAGAAGCUGUUAUUUUGCCUGUCAAGUUUCCUCAGUUUUUUACUGGAAAGAGAAGGCCAUGGAGAGCUUUUCUUUUGUAUGGACCACCUGGGACCGGGAAGUCAUACUUAGCCAAGGCUGUUGCUACUGAAGCAGACUCUACAUUUUUUAGUGUUUCUUCAUCAGACCUUGUCUCAAAGUGGAUGGGUGAAAGUGAAAAACUGGUUUCAAACCUUUUUCAGAUGGCUCGUGAUAGUGCUCCUUCCAUCAUAUUCAUUGAUGAAAUAGAUUCCUUGUGUGGUCAGCGAGGUGAGGGCAACGAGAGUGAAGCAUCAAGACGUAUCAAAACUGAACUUCUUGUGCAGAUGCAGGGUGUUGGACAUAGUGAUCAGAAAGUCUUAGUGCUUGCAGCAACGAAUACUCCCUAUGCUCUUGAUCAGGCCAUCCGCCGCCGUUUUGAUAAGCGUAUUUACAUUCCUCUCCCUGAUUUGAAGGCUCGACAACAUAUGUUCAAAGUGCAUUUAGGUGAUACUCCUGACAACUUGACUGAAAGUGAAUUUGAAAGCUUAGCUCGGCGGACGGAGGGGUUUUCUGGGUCAGAUAUAUCUGUUUGUGUUAAGGAUGUUCUUUUUGAACCUGUUCGUAAAACCCAAGAUGCAAUGUUUUUCUACAAGACGCCUAAUGACAUGUGGAUGCCAUGUGGACCCAAGCAAGCAGGUGUUGUCCAAAUCACUAUGCAGGAAUUGGCAGCCAAAGGACUUGCAGCACAGGUUCUUCCGCCUCCUAUUUCAAGAUCAGAUUUUGAUAAGGUGCUUGCGAGACAGAGGCCAACAGUGAGCAAAGCUGAUCUUGAGGUCCAUGAGAGAUUUACAAAUGAGUUUGGAGAAGAAGGCUGACGGCUUUGAUGAAACCGUCACAUUGAUCUACUCUCCAGUUGUUUCAUUUGGAGCAUUGGCUAUUGCUGCCUAGCAGUUAGGAGUAGUAUGGUUGGAUGGGUCGUUUGGAGGAAAAGUAGAGGGACGGGGCGGGCCGGGGGGGGGGGGUGGAUUUGAUGAUUUGUAUAUAUAUUGUUAUAAAUGUGUCAUAAUAAGGUUUAAGGUAUAUUAUUACUUGCAUAAAGAUUUUGACUAUAUUCUUUUUCUGUGGUGUAAUUGGGUGACGUCUAAAAUUGCCCAAUUCCUCUAGUCUGGCAUUCGGUGCAGAAUAUGUAUAGUGUUUUAUUCUAUAACUGAAUUCCCAAAA